ACGAAAUUCGAGCUCUUGGUAUGGAAAGUGGUGCUAUUGCAGACUCGCAAUUAACUGCUUCUUCAGAAUGGGAUGUCUACCACAGCCCCAAACAAGGGAGAUUGCAUACUAGAGAGACUGUUAAUGGGCGUGGCGCCUGGUCAAGUUUGACGAAUAAUUUGAACCAAUGGCUUCAAGUUGAUCUUGGUAAAAUCACGCCUGUCACACACGUGGCUACACAGGGAAGGAAUUCCUGGUCUCCUGCACAGAUGGUAACAAAAUACCAGUUGCAGCUCAGCGACGAUGGAGCAUCAUUCUUGUUUUACAAAAGACAAGGAGAAUCUUCAGACGCGGUGUUGGAUGGCAAUACUGAUCACGACACCGUUGUCUAUCACCAUUUAAAUCCACCAAUUACCGCACGGUUCUUACGGAUAAAGCCAACAGCAUGGCAAACUCAUAUCUCUAUAAGGAUUGAGCUCUACACUUAUCGAGGUAUUUUAGUUCAUUAUAAAUAA